AUGCUGGCAUUUUGCCCGUCGUGCGGGAUGAUGCUCGAGAUCGAGGAGGGGUCGUCAAACAUGCAGUUGUCGUGCCCAACGUGCACGUAUGUGGUGCCGGUGACGAGCAAGAUUGGCAGCCGGAUCUACCCAAAAAUGAAGGAGCUCGGCGACAUCCUGAGCGACACAGCGGCCUGGGAAAACGCCCAGUCGACGGAGGAGCGGUGCCCGAAAUGCUCGAAUGAACGCGCGUAUUUCAUGCAGUUGCAGACGAGAAGUGCUGACGAGCCGAUGACAAUCUUCUACAGAUGCGCGAACCACGAGUGCAAACACCGAUGGAAGGAA